AUGAGUGUUUUGCCCUUCUCCCUCGCAGCUGCAAUGUUCCCUGCUGUUGCCGUGGUUGCCGCGCUGCUGCUGUGGCCGUUGGGCGCCAUGGCACGCUGCACCACCCACUGCGGCAACAUCAGCAUCCCCUACCCCUUCGGAGUGGAGCCUGGCUGCUACCACCACGGCGGCUUCAACCUCACCUGCGACCACUCGCACAGCCCGCCGCAGCUGUUCCUCGGCGACGGCACCGUUCAGGUGCUCGCCAUCGAUCUGCCCAACGGCAUGGUGCGUGUCAAUGUCGCCACUUCGGGGCUGCAUACUGGUGAGAUAAACGGCACGUGGCGCGCCGGUGGCCCGGGAUACGCUGCCGACGGGCCAUACUUCCUAGCGGAAGGGCGGAACAACUUAGUAGCACUGGGGUGCAACGUCCAAGUCCUCCUCCUGCGACAAGAUAACGCCCUUGUCAGCUCUUGCUCUCCUUUCUGCCUGCAGGCAAAUACUAUACAGAGCUUCCGUAUCUGCUCCGGCAUCGGUUGUUGCCAGGCAACCAUACUUGAGGGUCGCCCGUCUUACAAAAUCCAGUUUUUGGAGGUUGGCAUCGGUUAUCCUUCACUGAUGGAUGAUUACCGAGUGUUGAUUGUAGAAUCGGACUAUUCUUUUAACGUCAGGGAGUAUUUUGAUGGCGAUUAUGGUAACACGGUCCCUGCCAUGCUAGCCUGGGCGAUCACCAACUCGGUAUGUCAUACCAAUGGAUCUUCGUCUUCAUGCCGCAGUAAACACAGCUUUUGUCAAAACUAUACCACCGAUUUUGGUUAUGAUGAACAUGGGCAUAAUUGUUGGUGUUCAGGUGGAUACCAAGGCAACCCAUACAUCUCCCAUGGCUGCUACGACAUUGACGAGUGUAAACACCCGGAAGCAUAUCCAUGUUAUGGAAUCUGCGUCAAUAUGCCCGGCACUUUCCAUUGCCGGUGUCAUGAUGGUACCCACGGAGAUCCCUUCAUAAAACAGGGAUGUUUGAGCUUCAAAACAACAAAAAUAUUUACAGGUUUGAGAAUAGGUCUAGUGGUCAGCGGUGGCGCAGUUAUCUUGCUUAUGGCAUUUACUGCCCCUUUUCUUACACGGAAAAUCAAGUUAAAUAGAGCAAACAAGCUGAAAAAAAGAUUAUUCAAGCAAAAUCAUGGGUUGUUGUUGCAACAGCUAAUAUCACAGAAAACAGAUUUUGGUGAAAGGAUGAUAAUUCCCUUGUUGGAUCUAGAAAAGGCCACAAACAAUUUUGACAGAACUCGAGAGGCUGGUGGUGGAGGUCAUGGUGUUGUUUAUAAAGGAAUUCUAGACCUACUAGUUGUCGCCAUCAAGAAAUCCAAGAUUGUCGUACAAAGAGAAAUCGAUGACUUCAUAAAUGAGGUUGCAAUUCUUUCUCAGAUCAACCACAGGAAUAUUGUGAAGCUAAUCGGAUGCUGUCUUGAGACAGAAGUCCCGUUGCUAGUUUAUGAGUUCAUUUCAAAUGGUACUCUUGACCAUCAUCUACAUGUUGAAGGCCCGAUAUCACUAGCAUGGGAUGAUAGAAUAAGGAUUGCACUUGAAGUUGCCAGAGCUCUGUCCUAUCUUCAUUCAGCUUCUUCGAUGCCAAUUUAUCAUAGGGAUAUUAAAUCAUCUAACAUACUUCUUGAUGAUAAUUUGACAGCAAAGGUAUCGGAUUUUGGAGCUUCAAGAUACAUCCCAAUAGACCAAACAGGGGUGACUACAGCCGUACAGGGAACAAUAGGCUACUUAGACCCCAUGUACUAUUAUACUGGUCGGCUAACAGACAAGAGUGAUGUUUUCAGUUUUGGUGUUCUUCUCGUAGAACUCCUAACUAGAAAAAAACCAUUCCUCUACCGUUCCGGGGGUGAUGGUGUUGGUCUUGUUUCACAUUUCGUUUCGCUGCUCGCUGAAGGCAACCUUGAUGAGAUAAUAGAUCCUCAAGUCACGGAAGAGGAAAAUGGAGAAGUCAAGGAAGUUGCUACACUAGCGGCCAUGUGCAUUCAAUUGAAGGGAGAAGACCGGCCUGCAAUGAGGGAAGUGGAAAUGAAACUCGAAAUUUUGAGAUUUAAAAGCAUGAAUGUGGCACCUGAUACUUCAUCGUGGAGAUCCGGUGGGGAUCAAACUAGGACUCGGUACAUGCCAAUUGGAAGAGUUACCGUGGAAACAAGCAGACAGUACAGUAUGGAAGAAGAAAUAUUGCUGUCUGCAAGGUAUCCUCGAUGA